AUGCGACCAAUUAAAUGUGUUUUAGUAGGAGAUGGUGCUGUUGGUAAAACAUCGUUGCUAAUAUCUUAUACAACAAACAGUUUUCCACAAGAUUAUAUCCCAACAGUUUUCGAUAAUUAUUCCACAACUUUAGUUUUACCAGAAGGUGCAACAGGACCAGACCAAGAAUCUCAAAUAUUCAAGCUAAACCUUUGGGAUACAGCGGGACAAGAAGAAUAUGAUAGACUGAGGCCGUUGUCUUAUCCACAAACAGAUAUCUUCUUAGUUUGCUUCAGUGUUGUAGAACGUAGCUCGUUGCGUAAUGUGACUGAUAAAUGGUAUCCGGAAAUCAGAGAGAACUGUAAUAGUGGCAAUCCAGAAUUGUUAAGGAGACUAGGUAAAAGACCAAUUUUACUAGUAGGUACAAAGACGGACUUGAGAGAUCAAGAGGAGGAAGAAAUUGCAGGUGUUAGGUCGCCAUCGGCAGACUACAUCUCACCGGAAGAGGCACAACAAGUAGCAGAACACUGUGGGUUUAUGGGAUACGUUGAAUGUUCUGCUGCGACCCAAGUAGGUGUCAGAGAAGUCUUUGAAGCGGCAGUACGUUCGUGUGUAUAUGAACCACAAAGGCUAUUAGAUGAACAGAAUAACAAUGAUCAAAGACAUAGGCAAUUAUUGGCUGCUAGAGAGGAGGAACAGCAGAGGCAGUUAAUGGAACAGCAGCAGAAGCAACAGAAACAAUCAAAGCUACCGAGGAAAAAAGUUAACAAUAGCAAUAAUAGAUCACCUUCAAAAAAUAAUAUCGGUCUGGUACCAAAGAAUAAUUCACCGACAUUGUCACAACAACCGCAACAAGUGCCUCCCACGGGAACCGCGGCAAGUAAUUCACCAAGUCAACAGAGACAGGCUAGUUCAAAAGUACGUAAGUCAAAGAAAUCCCCCAAUUGUGUUAUACUGUAA